AUGCCUUCCGCCGAAUUUCUAAAAGCCGCCGAGGAGAGCCGUCAGCUCAAGGCCAAGCCAUCCAAUGAUGAAUUAUUGGAGCUCUACGCACUCUUCAAAGUCGCCAACGGCGAGGACAUCACCAAGGCUACUGCCCCGGGAAUGUUUGAUCUGAAGGGCAAAGCUAAACACAAGGCAUGGCAAAAGGAGGUCGAUGCCGGUACCAGCGCAGAGGAAGCCGAGGCGAAAUAUAUCAAGCUCGUCGAAAGUCUCAAGGAGAAGUAUGGGUUUGAUCCGAGUAAAGUGCCUGAGGCAGUUGGCUCGAAUAACUAG